CCGCGGAGGGUCUACGGUGGAGUCUGCGUUCCGGGCCGGCACCGCGGGGCCGAGCAGCUGCGUCUCCGCCAUGGCCGGGGCGCUGGUCCGAAGAGCGGCGGACUAUGUCCGGAGCAAGGAUUUCCGGGACUACCUCAUGAGCACGCACUUCUGGGGCCCAGUAGCCAACUGGGGUCUCCCCAUUGCCGCCAUCAACGACAUGAAGAAGUCUCCAGACAUCAUCAGCGGGCGGAUGACAUUUGCGCUCUGUUGUUAUUCUCUGACGUUCAUGAGAUUUGCCUAUAAGGUUCAGCCUCGAAACUGGCUGCUGUUUGCGUGCCACGCCACCAAUGAGGUGGCCCAGCUCAUCCAGGGAGGACGGCUCAUCCAAUACCAGAUGGGUCAAAAGGCCUCUGCAUAACCAUGGAACUGCUCUUGCCGGACAGCACCCAGCCCCCACUGCGUGUCACCGAUCCCCUCCACGGGAAUGGCCUUGCCAAGGGGAAAGUGCCCAACUCCUGCUCUCUCACACCAUCGUGUAGAGGUGGUGGAGACUCCCUCACCCCCACUCUUCUGCCUUCCCAGUGCUGAAUGCUUUAUUUCUCUUCAGCUCCAAAAAGGGAGCUGACUUAAUCAUGCCUGAUGAGGAUUUCAUGAGUACUAUAUGUAUACUUCUCUUGGGAUUUGCUUAAUAGACAUCAACAAAAACAAAACUGUGUAAGUACUAACACUUUGGGUACUCGGAAUUCUUGGCUUCAGUGACCCUAGACACCCAACAGCUGGCCAUAUACCUAAAAUCUGACUUCCAUGUUGAGAAGUACCUUCUUAUUCAUGCAGUGUGUACACUGAGAUGCUGUAACUUAAAGGCAAUAAAUGACUUAAAUAU